UUACUGUUCUCCCUUUCUCUCAGACACGAACAGACUUUUCCUGGGACGGAAUUAAUCUAUCAAUGGAAGACACAACCUCGAUCCUUCCUCGAUUGAAGAGACACUCUAAUGCGUAUGGAAUUGGUGCUCUCGCCAAAUCCUCUGUCAAAGGUAUCUCUCGAUCGAUGAAGGAUCACGUGACCAAGCCUACAGCUCUUGGCUCAGGACGUGUUGCUCAUAUGAUAGAAUGGCAAAGUUGGGCUCAACCACCGCCUCCGGCCAAUAAAUGCCCUCAAAUGGACAGCGACGCUUACUCCGACUUGAGUGAUGGUGAGAAGGAGGCAAGGUUUCUGGCAGGUGUUAUGCAGCAAUUUGCUAUUUCUGAGGCAACGCUAAUGGCCUGGUCAUCUAUGGAUGGAGAAGAAGAAAGCGUCAAUUCCAACCAGGAAAGACAAAGUGAAACUUAUCAGGAGUUGCUGGAGAACCAGGACAACCUUGCACAGACACACUCUGACUGCUGGCCACAUUCAUACGUGUCACAAGGACUCUAUUGCCUGGGCUCCUCUGAAGCAUGGGCCAGCAGUGAGCAUUCGCUGACGGUAUCCCCAGCACCAACAGGGGUUCUAACCACAAAUCCUGGACCUGACUUUGAAGAAAGACAGCUUGAAAACAUAUGUGAGAUUGCCCCCCAGUUACUGCACUCUAAAAUGUCCCCUUCAGAAGAAGACGAUGUCGUUUGCCAUGACUUGCAGUCUCUUUCUCCGCCGCGUGAGGAAUACGAGAGCCCUCCACACAGCCGGAAGGUAUCAGAUGUUGCGACAUCAGGGGUGCAGUCUGGAGAGGAAGAAGAGGAAAGAGAAGUGGAAAACUGGGUCACUGAGGGGAUCUAGAAGAAGGAAAUGAUUGAGAGCAUGGCCGUGUGAGAGACUGAUAGUGUAAGCUGGCUUCUGGGUCGGGUCAUUUAUCAACACUCCCCUAAGCUGAACGGCAGCUAGGAGGAGCAUAUAGUCCACCAGGACAACAAUAAUUUGCUGCUGCUUCUUCCAACCUUUUUGCACUCAGUUACAUGAAAUGCACCCAGUCUGUAUUGCAACACCUCAGGUUGUCAACAUCAUUUUGAUACAUGUUACCUAUGUCCCCUUCCUACAAAUUUUUCAGACCAAUACCCUGUAGGCCCAUAAUUUUAGAUUUUCCUACCCUUUAUGCUGUCCCAGUACCAUUCAGAGUAAUUUGCA